GGCUUAUGAUGAGAGAAGUGGGUGCAUACAUGUCGUCAGCUGGAACGUGUCUCGGCGAAAGCCUAUUAAGUAUAGUGAUGGAACUUUUCCUUUCAAUUAUGACAGUCUCAUGCACUUUUUCUGGAUCAUAAUGUUGAAUAGACUCCGGAACCAGAAACUUCUCCGAUCUGUGAAUGUGAGGCCCAGGAUUCUGGGCGCGCUUCACCGCUCCAGGCUGAGGGGCCACCUCCUAGUAUCUCUGCAGAAGCGCUGGUGGCUCCUGAAGACAUUCAUGCCACCCGAGAGAAGGAGGCAGCGCAGCCGGACUCCCACAGUGAAGAGGAAAAGGCCCGGACCCUUACGGGAGAAAUCGGAUGUCAGGUUGGACAGUGAGGACACUGGGUCUGAUUCUCAAAGGUUUUCUCGGGUUGUGGCAGCCAGUGUAAGUGCAGAAAGUGGAGAAGAUGAGUCACGAAUCAGCUUUGCUCCAGGAGCCAAUCUGCCCAGACCUACUGACCCUCGACUGGACACUGAUGACUGCUCCGAUGGGUCUGUUCAGCCCACUCCGUCCCAGGCCAGCCUCACUAUGGUAAAAGCUGCUAGACUGCCGGCAGAUGGCUCUCCCAUAUUGGCAGGGGGAGUUCAGAGGCCACCAGGUCACCCUGUCAGGCAGUCCCUAAAGAAGCGACCGAAACUGCCAGUCAGCCAGCAGCAGAAGGCGCCUUACUUGCUAGUGCGAUACAGGACCAUGUCCAGGUUUAAUCUCUACAAGCUGGCUCGCUCCAGGAGACGCCUGCUGUACUGCAGGCAUCCUCACAGGGUUCCUAUACAUAGGGGCAGGAGCCGAAGGGGAUCAGUGAUUAGCCGCCAGUCCCCCCCAGGGACGGAAACUGCCGCAUCCUUAGGGGCGGUGAAUGGCUGGCAGUGGCGAAAUGGCAAGGGGCCGGCAGGAUGCAGCUGGCCAGAGGAGGGAUUGGUGCAGGUUAGCCGGGUCGGCCCCGUCGGGAUGUCUGCGGGGGAAGCAUCCAGAUUCUCCAGCCUUGGCAAAGGCCGCCGGGACCGGGGAGACGCUCCGGGCCUCCCUGGAGCAAGCAGAGCAGGAGAUGGAGAUACUGGAAUGGAAAGGUGUGACAAAGGGGCAGAGCUAAUGGCCCUCAGUAAAGGUUGUGCUCGCGCCAAUGAGACCGAGGGCCCUGAGGGCGACGCCCACACAGGGGCGGAGCCUCCAUCCUGCUCUGGCUGCUGUACAAACCCACUGAGAGACCACCGGUACUGCAAGAGCUCCGGUGAUGUGGAGCCUGAGAUGGGAAACGUGGGAGCGAACGACCAGCUGCUGAGCCCUCAGCCUGGCAGGGAAGAAAUAACUGAGCUCAUCCAUGAAUUCCUGGAAUCCUUCUAUGAGAAAUAUGGAAGUUUCAUUCCAUUAAGUAAAAGCGAUGUUCUCCAGCACCUCAACAAGAAGCUGAAUGCUGAUCUCACUGACAAGAAGCCUUUCAUCUACAGCGAGGUGUUUCGGUACCAGGCCGGCUUAGCCGCCGCCCCCAUGCACUUCUUCAAAGUGGCCCACAACAGGCACACGCUGACCCUGGAGGACCUGUCUACGCUGGACAACCAGAACUGGGUCAACGACCAGGUAAUCAAUAUGUAUGGAGAAUUGAUUAUGGAGGCUGUCCCACACAAGGUUCAUUUUUUCAACAGCUUCUUUCACAAACAGCUCAUAACCAAAGGAUACGAAGGAGUGAAACGCUGGACUAAAAAGGUGGAUCUCUUUUCAAAGUGCCUCCUCCUGGUCCCCAUCCACCUGGAGAUCCACUGGAGUCUGAUCGCCGUAGAAGUGGCUGAACAGAACAUCCGUUUCUAUGACUCCCAAGGCAUCACCUUCAAACACGUGAUUGAGAACAUCCUGAGAUACAUAAUGACUGAAGCGAGAGAGAAGCAGUGUACGGCCUUUCAGAGGGGCUGGAAGACGGUGGUGAACAAGCGGAUUCCACAACAGAAGAAUGACAAUGACUGUGGCGUUUUCGUUUUAGAGUACUGCAAGCGUCUGGCCCUGGAAAGGCCACUGCAGUUCUCACAGGCAGACAUGCCCAGAAUCCGCAAGCGGAUCUACAAGGAGCUCUGUGAAUGCAAACUUAUGGACUGAAUUUAGUGAUGCCUACAGCCAUCCAUCUUCUGUUGAAGGGUUGUGGGGGGUCCAGAGCCUGUGGGAAGAAAGCAGAGAACAACCCAGGAUGGGGUGCCAACCCAUCACAGACAUUAAUUAAUUAAUUAGGUAACUCCAGUUAACCUCAGCAUGUUUUUUUUUUUUUUGGGGGGGGGGGGGGGGACCGGCAUACCCAGAGGAAACCCCACAAUGACACGGGGAGAACAUGCAAACUCCACACAGAGAACCUUGGCAGGGAUUCGAACCCUGGUUCUAGAGGUGCGAGGCGAAAUUGCUAACCGCUGCAUCACCGUGCCGCCCCUGCAAGUUACACCCUCCUCUCCUCCCCCCCCCAAAUCUGCUGACAGGAAAGUUAGAACCUGCUGCUGGCUGCUCGUUACAGUGAUCACUGUAUCAGAUUGGUGUCAUUAGGAGCCUCCGUGCUGGUUUCCCAAGAGAAACCGUGAAGUAGCAUCGGCGCUGUCGCCACCCUACACUGCCACGAUUCAAACAACCACAGCCGAUUCUCACCCAGUGAUGCGUCUCCAUGUGACGUUAGGCAGGAGUUACCAGUGCGUAAGCAGGAGAUCGCUAACAGUAUGGUCAUUACUUACUUUAUUAAAAACUUGAAAGUUCUACUUUUUAAAUGUGUGCAAAAUGAACUGUGUUAGAGAUGGAAGGCAUAGAUUUUUAUUAAUUUACACUGAAAAAGAUCCUGUGAACGGGUAAUAUAUACCGCCCCAGAAGAUAGUUCAGAAAUGGACCACUGUGCUGACGUAUAAGCUUUUCCUAGCUAUUUUUAAGUACAUCUGUAUUUAAAUUUAUAUUUUACUUGAGCUCGUCUUAAACCGUUUCAGGUCAGAUGCUUGCCUGCCUUGUGAAGCAGCACACAAAGUGCAUCGUUUCACACUCAGAUGUGACUUUUGCAGUUUUCCCUUCCAGUCUGCCUAAGUGCCCCUGUGGCUUAACAGACUUCCUGGUGUCUAAAGUGAGUCUCUCCACAAGCUUAUACCAAACACCAAGAUCCCAGCAUGCCUGGGCUGUGAGGCGACACCUGGGAAGGACCGAUCCUUAGAAAUGAGAGCUGGUAAAAGAUGCCAGAAAUCUUUAAUCAAUGCAACGUGUUGCAUUGAAGCCCAGAGUUGGUGGAGGUGUAAUGUACUGUCUGUUAGGCUUCAGUAACCUAUUUCCCAGUUAAGCAGGCAGCGACCAAGUAACCCCACCCACCCUGUAUAAAAAAAGGCAAACAUCCAUUUAAGGUAACUGACCAUUUCAUUCCAUCUGUUAGCUAAUGAAGCAGUUUACAGUGUGUGAUCAGUUUGUACAAACAUUUCAAAUGUUAGCUGUAUUACAAUAAAGUGUCCCCCAAGUCAGA